AGGCCAAGCACUCUUCAGACAUCUGCUCACUUUCUAAUGCCCUGAUUCACUUCGAGAUGCUCCGUAGCCAGUCCCAUGAGGUCACAGCUUUGGACAGCACCAUCACUGCUCUUGUCUACAAAUGCAAGAACAGUUCCUCAGAAUUAGAAAAAUCUCUGGUGAAGCUAAAGGCUGUGAGUGAGAUGACAUCGUUAUUGAACAUCAAAUGUCCGCCUGAAGCACCCAUCACUCUUGGAUGGAUGAAAACUAAYCUGGAGUCAGUCAGUCAAGAGAUAUCAUCACAUAAGUCCAGGAAGAUUCAGGCUGUCAGUUCUGUCACCACCAAGAAAGAAUCACUCAAGUCCCACACCAAUGCCCUCAAAGCACUGAUAGUAACACAUCAGCAGCUGGUAUCAGAAGUAAAAGCAUUGCUAACCACUAUGGUCAAGGAUGAAGAUGGACAUGAAUCAAGUACUGCUGCUAAGUCGUUCAUUACAUCCUACAACAGGCUGUCAGACGAGAGUGCRCAGUUGAUUAAAAGCACUUUAUCGUGUAAGACUCUGAUACCAACCUUGACCUUGUUUACCAUAUCAAACAUGAUGCAUUGUGGUCUAGCUUGAGUACAACAACACUAUAAAAGUCAUGAUGAGCAAUAGAUUCUUGUACCCAAACUAAACCACAAUGCACCAUGUUCUUUAGACUAUUGUUACACUCCAGAAUAUCCCAUCAUUCUUCAAUGUUUCUGCUCAAAUAGUUUCUCCUGUAAACCUCGACCUAUUUUCGUGUUAAAUACGAAUUUUCCAGCA